AUGCGGAGCAGCCGCCACCAGUUGUGCGAGCACCAUGAUUUGCACCUCCUGCUGUUAGAACAGAGUCUGCUCGGCGUUUGGGGAUGGUAUUUCGGCACUUCACAACUUGCCACGCAUCACGCUUCGUACCGGAAUGAACAGCGAACGGUUCCCUGUAAACCCAUUUGGGGAGCUGUCGCUCACGGCGGAAGAGCGAUCGCAGCUCUAGCUAUCGCCGAGUCUCUCGUGCUUGCCCGAUUCGAGCAGUACGAGGAGCACCUGAACAACAAGAAGCACAUCGACCCCAUGCGGUGGAAGAAAUACUCGAGCUCUGGAGCUGUAACGAUGUACAUUGAGCGGAAGAAGGCGAAUCCGGAGUCCAAGCUGCCUGAGCUCGUCAUGGUGGGGGCACUACCCGGCAGUCUACACGACAACAUGUUCGGUCUCACCUGCCCCACUAUCGACUCUAUGCGAAUCAAGUCGUCGUACCUCAACGACAUAAGUGCUGCUGCCGUUAUCGCGACUAUCGUCGAGCCUACAGUGGACGAGCCGUUCCGCUCGGUUGUGGUCAAGUGGAUGGAGAUCGACAUCCCCGGCGCUUCUAUCGGACUCGUGCGCAACCGCGACUACGUGUACCUCGAGAAUACAGGCAUCUUGCAGCUGAAGAACGGCCAGGAGGUUGGCUACCACCUGCUUCACUCCGUGAGCUUCCUACAAGUCCAUGAGCUGCCGAACAGAGUGCGCGGCAAUAUGUCGCUCUGCGCUAUCUUCCACCAAGAAGGGCCUGACAAGACGGACUGCCGUGGCCUAGGUGUAAUGGACCCCGGGGGCGACAUGAUUCGCGUGGUGGCUGUGAUGGGGAUGGUCCAAGCGACGAUGGCGGGGCUCAAGUACUCGUAUUGUGGGCAGAUGAAGAAGCUCGCGUGGUUGCUGGAGCAGAAGCAUGCCGAGUUCAGGCGAAAGGGGGUCCCGGAGACGGGAUCUGAGUGCGUGACGUGCUCGAAGCACAUCAAGGCCUCGAGAUUCGGGAAGUCGAGCAGUUCGUGCAAGUUGUGCUUUGGUGCUCUGUGCGGAUCCUGCAAAGUGUCCAAGAAAUUGACCUUCAUUGCGCCGGAUUUAGAGCUCUCCCAGCGCAAAGUGAGUUUCUGCGUCAAGUGCUUGCUGGAAGCAACCAAGAUGGACACGCUGGAAGCUGCUCGCCAACAACUUCUCGGCAAGGAUUCCGUUCAAAUGAAUGCCUACCGUGGCAUCUACCUCAACUCCGAGGUGAGUUCGUCGUCUGACAGCACUGCGGUUUGA